UCCGACUUGGACCUGAUCAUUAUCUCAUUAUUCUCAUUUAUAACUGGUGGGAGGAGGAGGAACCACCUAUCGAUUUGAUCUAACUUGUGAACUAUUUAGAAAAAAUAAGAUAAUAAAACCAAGUUGCUCUCAGUUAGUGCAAAGUAGGCUACGAUCACGACUAGGUGAUGCUCUUUUAGUGCUGCGAAGACGACUGUGAUAAUUUGUAUCGCGUUAGGGGAUCUGGUUCGGAUCGCAGUGUGCCAUGCGAUGACCGCGCUGGUGUCGUUGCAAGGUGGAUACAACAAGCAAGUUUCCCAACGCCAAAACAAAACACCAGACAUAUUGCUGUCCAAAAGUUUGACCACCUGUUCAGCUCAAUCCUCCCACCAUGCGUCUCCAUCGCACACUCAGCAUGCCAUGACUGAUGGAUGAAGCUGCCGCUGCACCGCGCCAACUUGGAUUACAAACAGAGCGACAUAACUUCUUGCGGUUCAAGAGCACGCUUUUCCAACCACCACCCACAAUCCGCCUGCUCGGAUCCCCCAACGUUAUUUUUUUUUUCCUGUUGAUGAUGACGAUGAUGACGACUAUUUCAGGCAGGCUGAACUGAACUGACAACACAGCGGCGGUGGCAGUUAAUCAAUUUUUAAAGAGUCCCACACCAACGCAAAACGCACCAGCUGGCUGGCUCAAGCUUUUUCACGACGAAGAAGAGAGUGAGUGAGUGAGAGCGAGGAAGUGCGAGGGAGAGUGGAUCAAGAAAAGUGCACGGGGAAAACCAACAGCCGUUUGGUCCCGGGUUUUCCCAGCAAAUCCAGAAAACGCGAAGCAGGAAAAAGCAGUGCACACACGCGUGAGAGGAAGAGGAUCCAAGUGAGCGGUGAGCUCGAUGAGGACGAGCAGUGAGACAAUCAGCUGCUCACGCGCCAAUCGGAGAAGCCUACUACGACGACGACUACUGUGGGGGCUGUUUGUUUUCGGUGAGGUCGUUGUUGCUGACUGCCUGGUGGAUAGCGCCUACUGCGACGGCGAAUGUGUGUGUAUGUAAAGUGUUAUUUCCAAUUACGGCAAGUGUGCAGCAGCGAGUUCUAAAGUGAGGUGCUUUAAUUAGUGAGCUCGGUGAGGCCUUGGACCGGGGAAAAAGCGUUACCCUUGGUCCUUGGAUCCGCUUCAUCCGAAAGCAAGCAAGCAGAGCAAGUGGCAGAGAUGUUACCACAAGGAAGGUAGUUUGUGAUGGAAUUCAAGGGUUGAGGAAGUGCAGACGACGACGACGAGGUGAAACUAAUCGAUUAUAUCGGCAGAAGAAGAAAGGUGGGAAGAAAAGCAAACACAAACAGCCGAGCACAAACAAGAAAAACAAGCAAACAAGGAGCAGUAGCAGGUGAAGAAGGAGCAGCGUCGACACCAUGGGUUGUGAGCUAACGAAAUUAGCCAGUAGUAAUGGGGGUGGCUCCAAAGGUAACAAUGUCCCAAGUCUGGACGCCUGCGGACCACCUCCAACGGACAGCCGGUUACCGCUCACUGCCAAACAGAAGUACACGAUGGUGGCCUCGUGGAAGGGCAUCAGCCGAGCGAUGGAGACCACCGGGAUUGACAUGUUUAUCAAACUAUUCGAGGAACACUCCGACCUGUUGAACAUGUUCGCCAAGUUCAAAGAGCUCAAAACAAAAGAGGAGCAGGCCACGUCCGAGGAGCUGGCGGAGCACGCCAACAAGGUGAUGACGACGCUGGACGAGGGCAUCCGCGGCCUCGACGACCUGGACACGUUCUUCGAGUUUAUCCACCAGGUGGGGGCGUCCCACCGAAGGAUUCCCGGCUUCAAGCAGGAGUACUUCUGGAGAAUAGAGGAACCGUUCCUGUCGGCGGUCGAGAACACCCUCGGCGACCGGUACACGCAGAACGUCGAAGGAAUUUACAAGCUGACCAUCAAGUUCAUCAUCGAGACGCUGGUCACCGGCUUUGAAUCAAGUGCCAACAAUAACGACGAUGUCAACAAUGCAAACCUGGGGACGAGGUCCUCGACGGCGGCAACGGCGAAGGCGACGGCAAGUGGUUCCGAGGACAAAAAGACCUCUUGAACAACGUAACAAUAGACGGGGAGAAUCAUCACACACACACACACUCACAAGCCCAAACUAGUAACCUAACCUAACAAUCGAGAGUCGAGUCGAGAAGGUCGUCACUUUGAGUAAGUCAUACGAAUGAGAACGAGAACGAGAGAGAGAGAGAGAAAAUGCACCGCGCGCGUAUAUAAACCGUAAACGAGAGUGAGUUUUGAAUCAAAUGUGAGUUAUUUGUGCUAGGCGCAACGUCUCGCAACGUCAUUAUCGAAGAAACUGGGGCGUGAAACACACAUCCAUGUCCAAUAGAAGAGAGAGAGAGAGAGGAACAACACACACCCACACAUUGACAGACAAAGGAACAUCGCGAAACAAAAGACCGGACAAGAAGCACAAAAAUAAGCAGAAAGAAAACACAAACACAGUAAAAGUGUGUGUUUUCCAAAAAUAGAGAUAACACGAGCCCCACCUCCCUGAACUUUGUGCAAAACUCACAGGUCAUAGAACAGAAAUGAAGAAACACACACACAUAUUACACAAUCACACACUUUUGUAUACUAUUCUCAAAAUAUAACGAAACAAAAAAAGUAAGCAGAAAUGUGCAGGACACUCGAAACUUUUUGUAUGCAUUUAAACAUUUAUAAGAGCAGGAAAAUAGACUCAAACACACACACACAAGCCAAAACAUAGACAUACAGACACAGAAACAGGUUCGGAAACGAAAACUUUUCCUCGCCUGAACGGCCAACGGGAACAUACGGACGGACGGACGGACGGAACGGACCCAGCCCCAAACCCAACGUGUUCCAACGGGAGUGACGGGCGGUGUCAUAAAACCCCUGCAGAAACAAGAGACUAACUUUACUUUACUAUAUUGGAGCUGUUGGGAGAAAGAGAGAAAGAGUCAGAGUCCCCAUAAUACAUCUUCGUAUCUUCGUUUGGAACGGUCAUUUGAUAUCAUUCCCAACCACCCCACCGGAAAGUGUCAUGGGCGUGGGGAGGAGGUCCUGAUACUAAACGAGGAGGUAAAAGUGAGGUAUAUCGCGCACUCUAGCAGCAUAAAAGCGUUUUUAUUGAACAAACAUACGAUGGAUUGGUACCGCGGGAGAGGUGCAAACAGUAACGGUCGAGAGAAAUAUUACAUCGGUCUUGAAGCAGACUUUUUUUUAUUAUUUUAAACUGUCAAACAAACGAUUUGACUUUAGACAACUUUUAGUACCAUGACAUGCCGCAAUCUGAAAUGGGGGCGCUGCCGUCUUUUUU